AUGUACGAAGGGAUUGACAACCUGAAAUCCCUUUACGACCGUGCCGGGAAGACUUUCUCCGGCGGUCCUUCUGCGGCACAGGAUGUGCCGCGUCGUACUGCUCAACCAGACCCAGUACGUCGAUCAUCAGUUGGGAGCGGGGCUCCCAAGAAUCCCAGGACGGGGGAUAGCCGCGCCACCGGACGAGAUAACUCGUCCGACGUCCGUUCACGUCGCGGUGGUUCAACAGCUGCUCAACUAGAUAGCACUGGCCACCGCGAGAGUCCUCUAAUGGAGGUGGAGGAGGAGGAAAGACGCUCUCCACACGAUCAUGUGGAUCGGUGUGUUCCCGAGAGCUUCUUUGAUCGCGUAACGCAAGGGUUACGCGACGAUCUCGAACAUGAGCGGAAUAGGCGUCUCCAAAUGGCGGACAAUGCCUCGAAGCAUCGAGCUGAGUUUGCCUUUGCUCAGCUCGAGAACGAGAGAUCUCUGACAUCUCUUCGUGACGAGCUAAGGGUAGCUCGUGGGAUUGUUGAUCGGUCUCGGGCUGAGAUAACUGCUCUUCAGACCCUUGUUGAUGCCCACCAUCGGGAGCACAAGGCUCUCUGCGAGAUGCUUGAGCGCAAGGGCGUUCUUCAUCGGAAGAAGCAGCGUACUGAUGGUACGGCUUAA